AAAAUGCGCACACACGUGUGACGCACUAGAGGGAAGGGCGAUUUGUCCGGCGAGGCGGCGACUUGGAUUUCCUGACAUAUCCUGACAUUUCAUCAUUUCAUUAAAAAAUUACGACGUCACCCUAAGCUAGGCUAAAAAGUGCUCCUGCAAGACCUGGGGAUCGAUGGAAGGGAUUCAAAAGUGGUAUCCUUAACAAUCACACAUGGAGAUUUUCCAGUCAGUCUUGCUAUUUCUCCAGAAGCUACAACAGAAAAUCAAAUUCUGAGUCGAUGCUUGCACCACUUUUCACAACUAAGACUCACUUCUGACACAUCUGACUUGUCUGCCUCCCCUCAUGCACCCUUCAGUUCUACAUCUGACAGAUCAUGAUGGAUUGGUACUCCUACAUCAGUUUAUGCAUCUUCUGUGUGCCUCAGUCAGUGAUGACUUUUAACGUGGAUCAUGCUGCCUGGAAAACUUUCACUGCACCACUGACCAAUAAUGUUGCCUUUGGCUACAAGGUGAUACAAGAAGACAUGACAAGACUGACUGUGAGUGAUCCUUUAAUUCAAAUCAAUCGUGAUGAAAGAGGACAGAUUUAUAGUUGUGAUGUCAAUCGAGGAACCUGCUCAUCAUUGAAUAUUUAUGGUAGAGUUCCCUCUGAAGCAGUCAACAUGUCUUUAGGACUUUCCAUGGUUAAAGAUCCAGGCUCUUCAAAGCUGGUGGUUUGUGGUCCAACCAUUCCAAAGAACUGUCCAGGAGUGUCCACCUACAAUGGCAUGUGCUUUGUUAAUGAACACAGAAGAAGUUUUACAGGUCCAAUACCCAGCUCUCUGAGAGAAUGCCCCAAAUCACAAAUUGAUAUUGCUUUUUUAUUGGAUGGAUCUGGAAGUGUAGAUCCUGUGGAUUUUAAUAAGAUGAAGGCUUUUGUUGUAGAAAUGAUCAAGAGUUUUAUAGACCGUGACACACAGUUUGCAAUAGCACAGUUUUCUACAGAAUGUGUCAUUCAUUACAAGUUUCAACAAGUCAAAAACCCUGCCUGGUGGCAAAGAGCAGUGAAUGGGAUACAACAAACACAUGGAUGGACUUUCACUGCAACAGCUAUAAGACUGCUUGUGGAGUCAUUAUUUGUAAGUAGUGGAGGUGCAAGACAAUCAGCCAGUAAAAUUCUGGUCGUCAUCACGGAUGGAGAAUCAAACGAUAAAUUUUUGACUGAAGCUGUUCAACAAGCACAAGAAAAAAGUAUAACACGAUAUGCAAUUGGGGUCGGUAAUGCUUUCAAUAAAUACAGUGCAAGAAAUGAGCUAACGGUUAUUGCAUCCAUACCCACCGAUAAGCAUGUGUUCAAAGUUACCGAUUUUGAUGCUCUGGAAAGCAUUCGGGAAAUACUUAAAGAGAACAUUAUUGCCAUCGAAGGAACCCAGACGUCUGGAGAUUCAUCUCGAAUGGAGUUUGCACAGGAUGGGUUUAGUGCAGCACUGACAUCAGAUACGGAUUUGAUCAUGACUGCAGUUGGAGCUUUUCAGUGGAAAGGUGGAUAUCAGCUCUUCAAAUUAAACGACCAGACAAGUGUCUUUCAAGCUGGAAGUGAGCAUAACAGUUAUUUAGGUUACUCCCUGGCAAUAGCGACAGUGUAUAAUACGAAGUAUGCAGUCAUGGGGGCGCCAAGACACAAGCAUGAAGGACUAGUUACAGUUACACGAAUUGAUCGAAUGAGCGAUCAAAUCCAACUGGAUCCUCCCAAGACUCAGAUUGGCUCUUAUUUUGGAGCUGAGGUGUGUGUGGUGGAUUUGAACAGUGACUCUAAUACAGAUCUGCUUCUGGUAUCAGCACCGACAUACACAGAGUCUGAGCGAGAGGGGAAAGUGUUUGUUUAUAGCUACACACGUCGGCCAUUCUUCAGUUUUUCUGAUGUGGUGCUGGUGGGCAUGGCCGGUCAGAGGGGUCGAUUCGGCUCUUCUCUGGCCAGUCCAGCAGAUCUGAAUGGUGAUGGUUUUAAGGAUGUGCUGGUUGGUGCACCGUUAGAGGAGGAUGGAAAGGGUAGCAUCUACAUCUUCAAUGGACGAGAUGGAGGGAUCAUUUCAUCAUACUCCCAGAGGAUUGCUGGAUCAUCUGUGCAGUCAGGAUUGCAGUACUUUGGUGUUUCCUUGAGUCAAUCCUCUCCAGACCAGACUGCAGACAGCCUUCCUGACAUUGCUGUUGGGUCCAAAGGAGCAGUUCUGCUUCUCAGGUCCAGACCCAUCAUGCUCUUGGAAACAAAAGUGUCUUACAACCCAUCCAAAAUAUCAACUGGUCACACAGAUUGCAAAAACCAAUUGCAGACCACUCUGAUCGUGUGCUUCACCAUGAAAGGAUACAGGCAUCACAAAAGAGAUUUGAAUGCAAAAAUUACUUACAACAUAACUCUGGAUGCUAAGAGACAGAAUCAUCGAGCAUUCUUCUCAGCCAAAGACAAUCUCCUCAGUAAUGUGAUUGACAUUGGGAAUACAGAAGUUUGCAAAAAUCAUGAUUUCUUAAUAGAGGCUUGUCCAGAAGAUGCUCUGAAUCCAUUGUCCAAUCAGUUAAAAUUCACCUUUGAGGGUCUGCCAUCUAGUCAAAUGCAAAACCUGAGGCCAAUACUGCUGCCAGAGAUAAAGACCACCUCAGAUCACGAUCUGGAUUUUGAGAGAGAAUGUGGAAAAGAUAAUGUAUGUGUUGAUAAUCUCAGAGUGGAUUUCAAUUUCUCUGGAUCUACUAAUAUAGAAGUGGGGAUAAUGCAGGAGAUCAACGUGACGGUGUUUGUCGAGAACAGAGGAGAAAACUCAUACAACACACACUUCACCCUCAAUUACCCAUAUGGAUUUUCAUACAGGAGAAUCACAUCAAAACAGGGCAGAGUAGAGUGUUCGUCUCUGGAUGGAGAGCAAGGGGUUCGACUGGGAGAAACUGAAUGCGCCAUCAGUAAACCCAUCCUCAAGGAUAAUACUAAGAUUGUGUUUGAGAUUACGUACAGCAUUAAUAAAGAAGUUACACUGGGACAAAACGUGAUAUUCAGUGCUUCAGUCAAGAGUGGGAAUGACAAACACUCUGAAAGCAGCGAGUUAUCGAAAAAGAAAAGCAUUGAUGUGAAAUAUGGCAUCUAUGUCGCCCUGAUCCGGCAUGAAAAUUCCACCAUCCACAUCAACUUUACUUCAGGGAAGAAGGAUCUUUCAAAACCCGUCCAGCAGACAAUAAAGAUUGAAAAUGACCUCAGACCGUUAGCUUUCACAGCUUUCAUCAGAGUACCAUUGAAGCUUGGUGAUACCGACAUCUGGAAAGAAUCUACUUUGCAAGUUUCUGACUGUGUGAAAAAUAAAACGGAGAAGCCUAGUGUUACAAAUUAUAUGGAUGAUAUUAAAAAACAUCAUGUACUGAACUGCAGUGUGGCGGUGUGUGCCGUGUUUAUCUGUGAUGUCAAUCUCAUAAAGAAUGAAAGGAAGCUCUAUAAUAUUACUGGCAAUGUGAGCUCUGCGUGGAUUGAGCAGACUGGACUCAAAAGCGCUGUGUUUGAGCUGGUCAGUACAACCACUAUGGAUUACGACAUGAGCACAUAUGUUUUCUUUUCCUCGGAUUCCAGAAACACGGCGCCGUCUUUACAGAUCAGCACUCAGGUGGAGGUUUAUGAGGAGGUGGACCUGACAAAGGAGAUCAUUGGAGGAGUGAUUGGAGGACUUGUGCUGCUGGCUCUCAUCACUGCGGCCCUCUAUAAGGCUGGGUUCUUCAAAAGCCAGUACAAGCAGAUGAUGGAGGAGGCACAGGGAGAAGAAGCGCCACAAUAAUGUGCACUCAAACAGUUAUGGGAUACUGAUUGAGUUCUGUGGGAUUUACAGUCACACAUAUUUAACCCUAUAACUGAGGGAUGUCAAACUCAAUUCCUGGAGGGCCGCAGUCCUGCAUAGUUUAGUUCCAACCCUGC